UGAGAGCUGGCUGGUGAAUAUUGGCUGGUAUUGCUGGGAGAGGAGGGGCCUGCUGUAAAGCUGUAAUGGGCUCCAGCUUGUGCAGUGGUGCCGAUCCCCACAUUUCCUCCAACCUAGCAGCUUUUCCUCUCUCUGCAGACACAAAUGUGCGCGCGCUGGGCUGGCACCGCUCCAGCACAGCCUUGAGACACUCAAACGGAUUUUUCGGAUUCACCAUCCCACCAUCUGACUGAAUGACUUGGUUUUUCUCUUUGGAAACGCACGGCUCCAGUUCAUUCAUCUUCAAACGCUCAAGCAAGCUGGAUUACAUCCCAAAUAUGCAGACGCGAGCAGCAGAACCAUAAGGGAACAUCAUUAGCAGUGGGGUAAUAUGCACUUUUUAUUGUGAGCCUCUCCUGAAUCUGGAUUUCUCUCAGAUGCCGAGCAGAUGUAGGGCAGCGUCCAAUUCAUUCCCUGCUGAAGAUCAGAUACUUCCAGGCUCCACUUCAUCCCUUUCAAUCAUCCGUCCGACAUGUGAUGGAGAGACCUGUCCUGGUAGACUGCCAUCUGGUUCGGAGAAAGAGCUGAGCUUACCUCUGUAGUGCGAGAGAGGCUGUUUCUGGCAUGAUCUGACAGGUGCACUUGCUCAUUCAUUUUCUGCCAUGAACACGCAGCAGGAAUUCCGGGAAGAAAGGAAGAGGGCAGGUUUGAUGUGAUCUGUGAACGACAGACUCUUAUCUGCACAGUGAGUGCAAAUGAGAGGUGGGAUUACAUCCCCACUUUAUAGAGGACGAGGAAAAGAUGAUGACACAGUCAUAGAGUGCUUUUGUAGGUAAAUACAUGCAGGUGUCAAAUACAACAUGCUAUGAAAUCAGGCACGGCAUCAGACCUACAGUUAUACUGAAGGCUAAUGAACAUCUAAAUGCAUCCGCAUUGUAAUUGCAAGAAUGUUUUAUUGUAGGGAAUAAAUCGUAACGGAAAUACUCAACAAGUCAGUACUGCAGCAGGCAGUAGUCAUAGAAUCAAGCAACAUGUUUUAAAGCACUUCAAAUAGCAUGACGUGCAUGUCUGCGCCUACAGAGUGUUGUUAUAUGUAAAUGAAGGGAACAAGCUCUAUAAUAAUAGAAAGAGUGUGAAGGAAGGCAUCUCUCAGGGGAAAGCGGAGCGGCGGAAAGUAAACAUUUGUUUAUUGCAUCUUUUAUUUAAUAAUUCAUGUCUUAGUCUACGACUUUGGCACCAGGGAGUUUACGCUGAGCAGAUCUCUUCUUUGAUUAUAUCGUUCUGACACGGUGGGAUCUGUGAAUUUAAUCCUCGGCUCGCUGCUCGUUUCAAGUGCAAAGACUUUGGGGAUAUGAAACAUUUUCAGUCUAAUGUAAUAUUAUCAGAUUUGCGUCAUCAUAAUUCUGCCAUAGGUGAAGUUUUCAAGGCUGUAACAUUGAACCAGCUUCCCUGAGUGUAUAUGGUGAAGUAAAUUCAAAGCUGGGUAAAAGCACACGGACGUCAGAGGCUUCAUACAUCAGCAAUCAAACCUCGACUUUCUCACGGCUGGAUGCUUCAGCAUCUCUGAUCCCGCUUCCAGGGUUGGACCUCAAUUAAAACAGCAGCCGGGCCUGAAUGAGGGAAGCAGACAAAGAAAAGCACAUCAAAGCCCUUUCAUGGAGUGCAGAGUCUUAACCUCUGAUCUCAGGGAGGGAUUAUUGUAAUUGGAAGGCAGGGAUAGGCACCUACAUCGGAGAAUCAGGAAGCAAAGUUCAUCGAGGAAUCGCACCCCCUCAGGAAAUCACAAGCCAGGAUGGGCUGCAAUAUGUGUGUGGUGAACAGGCCAGAGGAACAGUACAGGAUCAUGUUCCAGAAGGGAAACACUCUGCGUCCCAUUGAUGCAGAAGUGAAGCUCAAAGGCAGAAGAACAUCUCACCUGUCCCAGGACAAGGAUGGGCAGCCUCAUGAUCCUCUGCUGCUUCAGGUGGUACGCAAGGGUCACAGGAGGAGAUUAGGUGCGGCCGCUGGCACGGCUCGGCUCAUGGCUAUCACAGACUGCAUGGACAACGGCACCCAGACCGACAUUAGCUUCCAGAACUUCCUGAAUGGGGACAGAGGGUCUUACCCAAGUAGUGGAUCACCAAUGCCUCCACCCUCCCCUCCCCUCGCCCAGCUGGUGGAGCCGUACCUGCUGAAUGACCUUGGUUCUCUGGGGCAGGAAUAUAGUGAUCCAAAUGACUACUUCAAUGUGGCUAACCAUGAGGUGGAUCAACAAGAAGAGCUGGAAUAUGAGGAGGUGGAGCUGUACAAGUCGAGUCAGCAGGAUAAACUGGGGCUAACAGUCUGUUAUCGGACAGACGACGAGGAAGACCAAGGCAUCUACGUUGGAGCAGUGAAUCCAAACAGCAUAGCAGCAAAAGAUGGAAGAAUCAGAAAGGGGGACAGAAUAUUACAGAUAAAUGGCAUGGAAGUUCAGAACCGAGAGGAAGCGGUGGCCAUCCUGACCCGUGAGGACAGCACCAACUUCUCAUUACUGCUGGCCAGACCAGAGAUAGAGACGGACACUCAUUUGGACCCAGAGGAGCUUGAUUGUGAGUUACCUGUAGAGAUGAGUGUGGACAGCCUAAAUACCUCACAUCUGUCCGGCCUGUACCAUUUCCGCCAAAAGAGAACCCAAGCAGGCAUUCCUGAAGAAGCCCUACAUCGGGAGACACCCAUGCUCAGCCUAGCAACCCUUAGCAACAGUCAGGAGCUCGACAGUGGUGUGGGCCGCACUGAUGAGAGCACAAAGAAUGAAGAGUCCUCUGAGCAUGACAUCCUUCUGGGCGACGAGCAGACCAGCGCCUCCAACACAAAUGCCACCAACACACCUGGCAGCUUGCGCAAGUUCAGGCCCAGCAGGAACAGUGGAGGAGGGAGCGACACGCCAUCUCCACUGUUCCCUCUCCGAGAGCUCCACCUCAGCACAGACUCACUGGAAUGUGGAAGCGUGGGUGGAGGGUACCUUCACGAUCCCAUCAGCGGGAUGAUGAUGCCGGGUCUGACAGAGGAGGAAUGCGAGAGGUACAGGCAACUUCUGGAAAUCAAGUGUCGUUAUGAAAAGAGGAUGAAGAAAGUGCAGCAGGUUCAAGAAGGGAAGCAGAAAGAAGGAGAGGGACAAAAGGAAGAUGAGAAUAGGGAGAGGGAGGAGACUCUGGAUGAAAACAGUAACGAGAACCUGACUCCACAUGAGAUGGCGCUUUUGGAAGAGGAAAUGAGACACCUUGAGUUUAAGUGCCGGAACAUUCUACGGGCACAGAAGAUGCAGCAGUUAAGAGAGCGCUGUUUGAAAGCCUGGCUGAUGGAGGAAGAAACAUCUGGCCGGGCAUCUGCAGAACCUCAGGGGUCUCCAUUGCAUGAGCUAUCUGACAUCAACGAACUUCCUGAGAAGGAACGGUUGGACAAGGACAGCACCAGCGCUUACAACACUGGGGGAGAGAGCUGCAGGAGCACGCCUAUGGUGAGUGAGAAUCGACUUCCAGUUUCUCAGUUGGAAGAGUCAACAAGCCCUCUGCUAAGUAGACACAAGGAUCGACCAACCUGGUGUGAAAGGGGACGAGCAAGCCUCAACAGUUCAUAUUCACCAAGCAGCUACAAGAAGUUUCAGACUAACACCCCUAUGAACCAGAAAUACUACUCACUCUCCAGAGAAGGAACCAUCCGUCGCAUGCCUGAAGGGGUGACACACGGCGGCAAUUCUAGGGUGAGCAGCCAUGACAGGAAUGGUGGUCGUAGUGCUGAGUCAAGUCCUUACUUCACUCGACGCCGUCAUUCCAACUGCUUCACUCCAGAACGCUACCAGAGUUGCAUGCAUCUGGGAUCUUCACUUUCCGAGAGUUCUGGACCCUUGGAUAGAGCCGUGGAAGGAGAAAGUGAGGCACCAAUGGGCGGCAGUGACCGUGAGGGCCAAAGGAAUGGCACUUUUGGGUCGCUGCCUCACCCCAGCCCAGUGAAGCUUUCUCUGGCUUUACCUUUGCCGCUUCCCCCUGCUUCACCACGCAUGGAGUGGAAGGUGAAGAUUAGGAGCGAUGGGACACGCUAUGUGGCCAAACGUCCCGUCCGAGACCGACUCUUGAAAGCCAGAGCAAUGAAGAUCCGUGAGGAGCGUAGUGGAAUGACAACUGAUGACGACGCAGUGAGCGAAAUGAAGAUGGGACGCUACUGGAGCAAAGAAGAGCGUAAGCAACAGCUUCUGAGGGCCCGUGAGCAGCGCAGACGCAGAGAGUUUAUGAUGCAGAGUCGUUUGGAAUAUCUCCGGGAUCGUGGUCUGGACGUGGGCAAGGAGAGCCAGUCAGAGUCAGGUCAGAACUCAGCCUCAAUCCUAGAGCUCAGUCAGAAAAAAAGCUCCAAGAAACGCAAUAGACGCAUACUGGACAACUGGAUCACCAUCCAAGAGCUACUGGCACAUGGCUCUCGCUCUCCAGACGGGACAAAGGUGUACAAUCCUCUUCUGUCCGUUACCACAGUCUGAAAUCAAAGGAUGGUGAGGAAGGACAACAGAAAGAGAAUCUAUUUUAUCCAAUUACUAUCUUGAACAGUUCUCAACUGUUUCAAAGGAUCAUCAUUCCACUUUACUAUUAUGGCUGAGCAAUGUUUAGCAUCUAUCACCCUCUUUAAUUUAACAUUCCCAUUCUCUGAAGUCCUUAAUAUCUUAUGCUGUGAUGAUUCAUGUGAAUGUACAUUUCAAAUCAAAAGACUAGUUAAAACUCAUUAAGAAGUUUUUUGGGUGGUGGUACUCUUAAGUUCUUGGAAAAAACUUGAUUUUCUUGAUUACUGAAUGUGACAUUCUCAAUAUACAUUACUGACACUCCUCUGGGGUCAAGCAUAUAUGCUUUAAAGAAUUUCUGUUUAACUGUUUAAACUAAAAGACAGCACAGUGACAAAGACACUUUGUCACUGUGGAAGUUUAUGAAUGUUGACUGAACGUACACAGACAAGCACAACAGACACACAAACUGCACCCAAACAGACAGGUCUCUUUGUGGGGUUGAGCAGGAAAACUGUUCACUCUAAAUCUGCCCAUUGCAAGCAAAUAUAUAGAACAAAUGGAAUUCAUACGGUAAUUUCCUUAUAGCUGAACCAAAAGAAAAACAAUUCAAUUUCUUUUGAAUUCAACUGUUGAAUUCUUGAUUUUCAUUGACAAUAGCAGGAUUGGAUAACAAUAAGACUUUUGUACAACUUACUGCUCUAACUACAGCAUCAUAUAAGUGCGUAACCUGUGCAGACACAAUCAUGCUUAACUUUUCUACAGAGACGUGGUGCUGAACUGAGAUUUGUACUGCUUAUUUGUGAUAGUCUGUUUACACUAUUCUCCUCUACUGUUUAUUAGGACCCAAAUAAGACAAAAGCACAAUGUAAGCCACAUUAUGCUUUUUAAUUUUGAAUGUAUGGUAAUUUUUUUCCGAACACCCCAAGUCAUCACAGAGAGACUUUCACAAGCCUAUGUGGCCUAAUGCGAACACAUACUAAUCACCAGCAAAAGGGGAAGCACAAAACACUCCGGGAUCCUGAAAUAUAACCAGCUACAAAAUGAAAACAGAUCGUACAUUUUAAUAUACUGUUAUAAGGAGCAUUUAACCUGAAGUGGUUCACACAACAGUGUAGCAAAUGAGCUAAAAAAUUAAAGGAUAUUCUUAUUAAUAAACAAAUGAUUGAUAUACAAAUUUGUUAGCAUAUUAUAUAGCAAGUGUUCAAAACUGUUUGAAGAUUUUGUAGAAAAUGGCCUUAAGAGUUUUGACCAGUUUGGUGAUGAGAGUCACUUGUUCAGCUCAACUAAUUUUGCAUGACUUUGACUAUGAUUUUGACUAUAUUGUACAUGCCAGAAACACAAUGAACUUUAGUGGAAAUUUAACUUCCAUUUCUCAGUAUACAAAUGUAUGUGACCAGAGUACUUUAUCCAGCAUCAUUUGUCAUUUCUGUCGUUCUGGUGUUAGAUAAAAAUGUAGAAACCUACAGUUGUACUCGAAUGGUACCUACCUGUUGACUGAUAUCAAUAGUCCUAAUUAUACAAUGUGUAAUGUGCAUUAGUUCUUGAGUGGUUAUUUCAAUGCAUUGCUGAGACAGUAUAAAAAAUAUAACAUUUUAGACAAAUAAAAUGAUUUUGUAUGCUUAAUAUAAAUCUUCAUAUACUAAUUGCACACGUACACAUAUACAUCCAUACUGUACACACACAGCCAAACAGUCACUCAAAAAUAUUUUAAAUAUUAAUAAAAAACAACAACUUUCCAACAGCAAGAACAUGUUUUAUAGAACGAGAGCAAUAAAUUAUCACAUAAUGUCUCUGAAUUAGUUCUGCAUCGAAACCUCAACAUAUAUACAAAUAAAACUUCAUACAAUUAAUCAUUUUAAAUAUAGGAACUGCUCUUACACACACAUACUGAUACAAUUUUACAAUUACAAUUUGUUCCAAUCCCCCCCCCCCCCCAUCCCCAGAUCCUUAAAAUGUAAACAAUGGUUCAUGUUCCCAUUCCCAGCCAGAUAUGGAUUCCUCAGUCCAGUGCAGAGUAAAUAUGGCAUAAUUAUAUCAGCUAAUAUAUACAUUCAGGUUUAUACAGCAUCAUUCAGCUAAGUGCAGACAUGCAACACAGGGCACGGUGGCGCAAGACAUUAGCGUGUCAGAAACCAGAACACGCAUCUCAAAAAACUACUGGAUCUUUUUUUUUAUACCUCAUACAUCUCUGCUUUAUUUGUGUUUGAGCUCAGCAUGCCCCAGCACUCAGGACUCUUAAUACAAGCACAAGAGCAAAGCGUUAGAGUUAGAGAGAAGCAAAACCACCCAUAGGAAAAAAAUGUGAAAUGUAUUGAACGGCCCUCUAAAUUCAGAUCACGCCACAGCUUAUGAACAGGGACAUGGAGUUCCUGUUUGUCUACAAGGGCCUUAAGGUUUCCAGUAAUGGAUAAUGCUAGCAGAUUUGAAGUUCUGGAAUCAAUUACCUGAAUAAACACUAUUGUGGUUUGACUAAAUGUAUUUUAUAGAGGCAACGGAAAUAAUAAUAAUAAAAAAUAAAG